CCGAACAGGAAAUGCAAAAGGUCAGGUUACGCAUGGCAGUGGGUUCCAGGUGCUCAUAAAACCGUCGUUCCCCAGGAGUGAACACACACAGUUUCCACAAGAUGAAGGUCUUCCAGAGCAUGCUCCUUGGGGUGCUCUUGGCUCUGUCCCUCACAGGUGCUCAGGAGGUUAAACAACCCCCUGCAAAAGAAUGCAAGACCCGUUGGUUUGACCGCGACAAUCCUUCCGGGACUGGGGACUACGAACUCCUGUCCCAGUUCUGGGAUGAAAAUCCCCACAUCAUCUGCCCCCAGCCGCUUGCCAUUGAGGUCCAAACAGUGGAUGGGAUUCCGGCGUCUGAGACUGGGCAGAAGUUUUCUGUGAAUGAUGCCACCAGUGGCUUUGCUUGUAUCAAUGCCCAGCAAGAAAAGGGCAAGGCAUGCCGUGACUAUCAAGUGCGCUUCACUUGCCCCGAAGCCUACUGUCCUACUGCCUCCAGCCCUUCAGCAACAUUGACACCAGAGACUUUACCUCCUGCUCAGACCUUUCACCCUGAACCAGAGCCAACCCCCAGUGCUGAGGGUCAGAAGGGAGUCCCCAGCCCCCAGGCUCCACUGGGACCAGAGACGACUUUACCUCCAGUCCAGACACCUCAGCCUGGACCAGAACAAACCACCAGUGCUGAGAGUCAGAAAGGAGCCCCCAACCCCCAGGCUCCAUUGAGACCGGAGACGACUUUACCUCCAGUCCAGACACCUCACCUUGGACCAGAACAAACCACCAUUCUGAAGGAAGCCCCCACUCCCCAGGCUCCAUUAAGACCAGAGACAACUUUACCCCCAGCCCAGACACCUCACCCUGGACCAGAACAAACCACCAUUCUGAAGGGAGAGCCUACUCCCCAGGUUCCAUUAAGACCAGAAUCAACGUUCCCUCCAGCCCAGACGCCUCACCCUGGACCAGAACAAACCACCAUUCUGAAGGGAGCCCCCACUCCACAGGUUCCAUUGAGACCAGAGACGACUUUACCUCCAGUCCAGACGCCUCACCCUGGACCAGAACAAACCACCAUUCUGAAGAAAGCCCCCACUCCACAGGUUCCAUUGAGACCAGAGACGACUUUACCACCAGCCCAGACACCUCACCCUGGACCCCAACAAACCACCAUUCUGAAAGGAGAGCCCACUCCCCAGGUGCCAUUGAGACCAGAGACAACUUUACCUCCAGUCCAGACGCCUCACCCUGGACCAGAACAAACCACCAUUCUGAAGGGAGCCCCCACUCCCCAGGUGCCAUUGAGACCAGAGACAACUUUACCUCCAGUCCAGACGCCUCACCCUGGACCAGAACAAACCACCAUUCUGAAGGGAGAGCCCACUCCCCAGGUUCCAUUAAGACCAGAAACGACAUUCCCUCCAGCCCAGACACCUCACCUUGGACCAGAACAAACCACAAGUGCUGAAGGUCAGAAAGGAGCUCCCACUGCCCAGGCUCAGUUGGGACCAGAGACAAGUUUUCCUCCAGCUCAGACACCUCAACCUGGACCAGAAGAAACCACCAGUGCUGAGAGUAAAAAAGGAGUUUGCAAUACACGCUGGUUUGAUGAAGAUGAUCCUUCUGGAACUGGGGACUACGAAUUCUUCUUUGACAUCUUGGACAAGUAUCCCAAUGACAUUUGCUCUGAACCAACAGCUAUAGAGGUCCAGACAUUGGAUGGGACCCCAGCUUCUGAGACUGGGCAGAUAUUUACUACCAAUGAUGCCCGCACUGGCUUUUCCUGCAUUCAUGCCUCCCAGGGAAAAGGCAAGCGCUGUCAUGACUACCAGGUGCGAUUUACCUGCCCACUGUCUUUCUGCUCUGGUGGUGAGAUCCGAUCCACCCCGGGACCAGAACCUGUUACACCUCCUGCCCCAACUCCCACCUUGAAACAAGUUGAAAGCAGUCCAGAAAUCCCAGUGAAAGGUGGUGAAAUCCCAUCCACACCAGGCCCAGAGGCAGUAACAUCUCCUGCCCCAACUCCAACCCUGGAAGAAAUUAAAGGCAGUCCAAAAAUCCCAGUAAAAGAGUCUCCUUCCACUUGCAAGACCCGCUGGUUUAACGAAGACAAUCCUUCAGGUGAUGGGGACCAGGAAUUGCUUUUUAACCUUAUUCAGAUGCACCCUCAGGAGAUAUGCAGAAUGCCACUCGCGAUCGAGGUCCAGACUGUGGAUGGGAUCCCAGCUUUGGAGGCUGGGCAACCGAUUGCUGUGCAUGAUGUCAUCACUGGCUUUUCCUGCAUCAAUGCUGAACAAGCGAAAGGGCAACUCUGCUACGACUACCGGGUGCGGUUUACCUGUUCAGCACCCUUUUGCUCCAGUGAGAUCCCACCCACCCUGGGACCAGAGCCUGUUACACCUCCUGCCCCAACUCCCACCUUGAAACAAGUUGAAAGCAGUCCAGAAAUCCCAGUGAAAGGUGGUGAAAUCCUAUCCACACCUGGUCCAGAGCUAGUAACAUCUCCUGCCCCAACUCCAAUCUUGGAAGAAAUUAAAGGCAGUCCAAAAAUCCCAAUAAAAGGUGGUGAGAUCCAGUCCACACCAGCACCAGAACCCGUUACACCUCCUGCUCCAACUCCCACCUUGGAGCAAGUGCAAAGCAGUCCAAAUAUCCCAACAAAAGCCAUCAACCACUUUUCUACAGGUGACCAGAAUCAACCUGGAGCAGGAUUAGAGCCUGUUACCCUUCUAGCCCCAACUGCUGUCUCUCCAGAAGUGAAAACUGGAUCCCAGGUUCAAGAGGAAGCUUGCAAGACCAAUUGGUUUGACCGGGAUAAUCCUUCUGGGACUGGGGACUACGAACUUCUUUCUGACAUCAUGGAUGAAAAUGAAAUUGACGCAAUCUGUCUUGAUCCAAUUGCAAUUGAGGUCCAGACAGUGGAUGGGAUCCCAGCUUCCGAGACUGGGCAACAGUUUGCUGUGAAUGAUUCUGCCCGUGGAUUUGCCUGCGUCAACGCCCACCAGGGAAAAGGCGUCAUGUGCCUUGAUUAUCAGGUGCGGUUCACCUGUCCUGAUGCCUUCUGUGCAGGAAAAGGCCAGCCUGGGGUGGAAUCCACAUCUGUUGCGACUGCUGCACCUGUACCAGCAACACAGGAGACGAACCAGUUCCCCACUCAAGGGCAGGAUCAGUCUGGGCUGACGCCUGCAGCUAGCACACCUGUUGACUCUCUACCUGUGCAGACAACGACAGCAAAUGCCCCCAUCGAAACUGUGCCAGUCCAAACGACUCCCCAAAGCCCUGCACCAGUUUGCAAGACAAAAUGGUUAAACCGGGACAAUCCCAGUGCAACUGGGGACUAUGAGCUGAUAUACUACCUCAAAAAGGACUACCCAAAAGCCAUUUGCAACAAGCCAAUUGCUAUCGAGGUCCAAACUGUGGAUGGAAUCCCAGCUUCUCAGACAGGACAGAUAUUUUCCAGGAAUGAUGCAGUCAAUGGGUUCGCUUGCAUCAAUGCCCAGCAAGGAAAAAGAGGUGUCUGCCACGACUAUAAGGUCCGGUUCACCUGCCCAGACUCUUUCUGUUCAGGAAAUGACCAGAAAGGUGUGAAGGAGGAAUCCCCAUGAGCAGUCAGCUGCAGUCUUCAGCUUCUACUCAUCUCUGGAAGAAGGUGGC